AGGCAGAUAAUUAGACAGGGUCCCUUCCUGCACUUCUUAUGGAUUCUACUCAGUUCAGUCAAUGUCAGUUUUUAUGACAUGAUGUUUAUUUCUUGCCAUCAAAUUAGAUUCCCAGGGAAACAGCAAUAAAAUACAACUUCACAGCUGAGGCACAUGGAAACUAGAGGGUGAUUAUACACUUAAUACCAUCUUAAUGCUCUUUUGAUGUCUUUGUUUAGCCCAGUCUCACACAUCCAGGGUUAGAGGUUCGAAUCCCAUCUCCAUCCGUGUUGUCUGCCCGCGUGUCGUACCUGUGCAGUACAGGGUUCUUCCUAGUACUCCAGUUUCCUCCCGUGGUGAUCCGAGUUUCUGAAUCAUUCUUAGUAUUCUGCUCUGAGCUUCCUGGAAUAGGUUAGAUGAGUAGUUGGAAGAUGGAUGGAUGGAUGGAUAUUUAGCUCAAGCUAUUGCUCCUGACUACGGUACACGUUUGACUCUUGAAUUACAAAGUUAAAGGUAUGUGUCACCUGAAGCAUAGCUACAGGACAGGCAAUUCCCUGGGCCCCCGAGCUGGGGGGCAAAGAAUUACAUAGUACAUUGCAAUGACAAAUCUUUUUGUGGCUGGCCUUGAGCAUCUGUUUAAACACUCCCUAAGAAAGCAACAGUCCAAUGAACACUGAUGAUCCACAAACCGCCAACUGAAAAAUCCUUGGCAAUAAGAACUCAUGUCUUUGUUUUGUUGAUUGGAAUUUCAGGGGAAAACGGUUUUGCCCUUGACUGAACUUAUUUGCGAACAAUUCUAGAAAGGCAGCCCAGGCUGCAUGGAUCUGAGCGAUCGGCCCCCUUUUAUCCCCUUUACCAGGAUUGAGAAGAGGAUCGGCCGUCUGCUUCACUGACAGGGGGCGACGCUUUGCCAACAGGCUAGAGCAGGCCAGCUACAUGGGGAGUGUCAAAUCUCUCACGUCAAUGGCCAGUCCACAUUUUUACUCCAUUCCUCCCCCUACCCUACACAACUGAGCCAGGACCCCAGCCUGGCCAUCAUGGCUCCUCCCCAGAUCUCCCUCUUUCUCCUCGGUCUCCUGGCCCUGAUGGCGCGGGCCUGCCCUAGUCGCUGCCGCUGCUACAGCCUGACCGUGGAGUGCGGCUCCAUCGGGCUACGUGACAUCCCUGAGGGUGUACCAUCUAGUACACAGACCGUAUUCCUUCAGGACAACGCCAUUGGCCAGGUGCAUCAGCAUGACCUGUCCCAGCUCGGCAGUCUGCUGUACCUGUACCUCCAGAACAAUGGCAUCUCGGUGUUGGAGCCGGCCGCCUUCCGUAGCCAGGGCCGGCUGUUGGAGCUGGCGCUGAACGGCAACCGCAUCCACCUGCUGAGCGCCGACAUACUUGAAGGCCUGUCACACCUGCGUGUCCUCUACCUGGCCGGGAACCAGAUCACGCGGCUGCAGGACUUCACCUUCCGCGGCCUCCAGCGCCUCCAGGAGCUGCAUCUGCAGGAGAACAGCUUGGAGGUGCUGGGGGAGCAGGCGAUGGUGGGUCUGGGCUCCCUGGCGCUACUGGACCUCAGCAGAAAUAGCCUGCGUACCCUAAGCCAGGCCAUGCUCCACCCCUUGGUCAGCCUGCAGGUUCUGCGUAUCACAGACAACCCGUGGCGCUGUGACUGCGCCCUCCACUGGCUGCGUGGCUGGAUGGACGAGGAGGGCCGGCGGCUGCUGAGUUUGGCCGAGCGCCGGCUGGUGUGCGCCGAGCCCCCGCGCCUGGCACGCCGCGGCCUCUCCGAGGUGUCGCCCAGCAGCCUGGUGUGCAUCCCACCCAGCGUGCAACUGGAGCCCAGCCGGCUGACGGUGCCGCUGGGGGAGAGCCUGCGCGUGUCCUGCCGGGCCGUUGGCUACCCCCAGCCGCAGGUCAGCUGGAGGAAGGUGGCGCGGGGCCGCACACAUCUCACACCCCAGGGGCUGGUGCAGGAGGUCCCGGUGCCAGGAGCAGGGGCUCCGGGGGGGGUCACCACAGCCCAGCCAGCCAGCUGGGUUGGUGGGGCUGGUGGGACGAGUGGGUCCUUCGAGGAAGGGGAGCGCUUUGACCCCGACACAGGCAGUGGGAUGCUCUUCCUUAGCAACGUUACGGUGGCACACGCCGGCCGCUACGAGUGCGAGGCCUCCAACCCAGGGGGAGUGGCCAGGGUGACCUUCCACCUCUCUGUCAACCUGUCCUCCGCAACGUCCCCUCCCUCCUCCUCCUCCUCCUCCUCCUCCUCCUCCUACUGGGGCCAUCGCUCUCGUUCCUCCUAUGCAGCAGGGGGCGUGAGCCCAGAGUCGCUCUACGAUCUGGAGAGCAUGGAUUUCGGCGCACUGGGCGUGGCCACGCAGGCCGCUAUCGGUGUGGGCAUCUCCCUGCUGGCCCUCACUGCCCUGCUGCUGGUGGCCAUGAUCUACAGCCAGCAGAAGCGGCGCCUCAGGCGCCCCCUAGAGGAGAGUGUCCUCUACAUCAAUGACUACUCAGACGGGCCCACCACCUUCGCCCAGUUAGAGGAAUACCGCGACGAACGUGGCCACGAGAUGUACGUGCUGAACCGCAGCCGACCGGUCCUCCCCGAUGGACAGCAGGCCCCCCAGGACCAGCCGGCAGAGAUUGCUGCAGGGGGACAGCCGCGAGGGGUGACUGAGGGCGAGGAGGCCGACCCUGAUGGGACCUUCCUGAACCAGGGCUUGCUGUUCGACACGCAGGUCGCCUACGAGAUCCAUUGCUGAACGUCACUGCUUCCUCUCUCCCUGCCUCUCCCUGCCCCCCCUGGUGCUGGGUUCAGUUUUAAUACCAGCGAGGCGGGUCGCAGACACUCCCAGCUCGGAUGCCCCGAGCAGCAGGUCAGAUAGGUGGCUGCAGCCUCGGAUCUGGCUGGAUCUCCUGCAUCUCCACCUUCUCAUACAGAACGUGGCUUUAAGCACUUAAUUCCAGAAAAGACAGAUAUGCUGUGACCCCCCCCCCUCCCAUUUAUACCCAGGUUGUCCAGAGAAGACUCUAGAAGUUUACAGCCAAAAUGAAGCGAUUCUGUAAGUCCUAGUGCCAUGAACCCUUUAAACCAGACAGCCUAAAACCAGUAUGGAUGUAUUUUUAUUGCUCUAUAUUUUAAAUGAAUAUAUGUACUUUGAUGCCUAUGUUAUGUUAUAGUUAUUGAUGUGUUUUUUUUCUUGAUUAUAUUUACUUAUUUAACAUCGUUUCCUGGUUUGAAACCUUUAUAUUUGUGUGGAAAUUUAGUGAAGUUCGGUGUUAGGAUCCAGUGACCCCUGGAGGAUAGCCCUGGAAUCGCAGGACAGGGGUUGUCCCGGAGAGUAUAGCAGUCUCCUGCAGGAUAUGCUUACUAAGGGCAAUUUAGAGACAUGUGUUUUGUUUGGAUUUGUUUCCUUGUGGUGAGAAGACACUGUGCCCGGGUGGGUGUGUUUAUACUAGAGUGCUGGCUCUGAUUUGGUGCUUAAAUUGGAGCAGAGUUCAGACGUUAGACCUCAGACACUGUACCUGACAUCCCACGCGGUUCUCACACUGACACUGUAAAAAGAAACGCUAUAAUACUGUGAUUACAUAUGACAGGUGCUGUUCUAUCCGUCCUGUAAUCCAAUCACUGCCCCAGAUACCGUUGGGUUCCUUCUGGUGUAAAUGCAUCUAUUCUCGUCCUGUUUUUCUCCAAAUAAAUGGCACCUCUAUUCUCUCA